AUGAGUAAUUCAGGAGAUGAUAUUCAAUUACUAAAAAAAACUAUUAAUGAGAAAGACUAACAGAUAGGUGACCUCGAAAAAAAAUUGAGAUUAGAGUAAUUUAGAGUCAAAAAGCAAUAGAACGAACUAAAUGCAAAAAUAGAAAAUGAGAAAUCCACUGCCCAAAAUAACGCUGAUCAAAUCAAUCGCUUUGAAUUGCAGAUAAGUGAUCUCAAAUCUAAGGUAGCUAUGAAAUUCAUAUUUAAGUUAAGCGAAACUGAAAAAAAAAAUUUGUAAUUAAUAGAGGAAAUAAGUGCCUUGAAGAAAAGAAGAGCAUCAGGUUCCACAGACGAAGAUUUUCAACCGAAGAAAGAGCAUCAAGGAGAUUUUCCCUCUCUCCAAUAGAUUCUAGGAAUAAUACAGGCUAAUCAAGGCAAUUACCAACCUGAACUUACUAAAAUGUAUGAAUGUUACACAGAGGCUUGCCAAAGUAAAGACGAACAGAUAAAUUCUCUAAAGGAGGAAAUUAAGGAUCUUACUCAACAACUAGAUAUUAAAUAAUCUGAUUCAACAAAAUAACUGGAACAACUAGAAGAGCGAAUUAAAUCAUUAAAAUAGAGUCUUGAUGAGAGAGAGAAUGAAUUGAAGAAUGUUGUUCAAUAAACAAGUGAUAACAGCGAUCAGAAGAUCUAAGAAUUAGAAAAAUAAUAUCAAACUUAAUUAAGCGAAAAAGAUAAAUAAUUAUAAGAAACUACUAAGAAAGCUAAGUUUGAUGUUUUCAAGUUAAAUAAACAACUUACUGAAUAGAAGACCGUGGUCGAGAGUGAACAAGCCAAGACUAACUUGCUUCAACAACAAAUUGAUAGACAAGAGAGUUCUUUGAGAGAAUUCGAGAUCAAGCUUUCUGAAUUAGAAUAAAAGAAUUUACUCCUGAUUGAAGAGGCUAAGCAAAAGUAAUAAGAAAUUGAGAGACUGAAUGAGGAAAGUCUCACUAGAGUCUAGGUUGAAGAGAUUCCUUAGGAUAAACCAUCAUAUGAGGAAUUGGUUGAGUUUAUUUAGAAAUUUUAAGUUAAUGAGAUUAAUUAUCAAUAAGAACUGAAGAAUUUAGAGGAGGAAUUGAACUUGAAAAAUACUCAUUCUUUCGAAUUAUAAGAGGAAUUGAAUCAAUAUAUUGAAAAAGUCUAGUUGCAGGAUAGAAAAUAUUAAGAGAGCAUGAGAGCAAUUAAAGCGUUGGAAGAAUAAUAGAUUAGUGAAAGAUAAGUGGCCUAAGAAUUGUAACACUAUGUUGAACAAUUAAAAUAAGAGAAAGAACAUUAAUAAGCAGAAUUCAUACAUAAAAUUAAAGAACUAGGUGAACAUAAUACUAACGUUGAUGAUGCCGUUAAUGAUGUGGAAUAGAAGUUUCAAAAGAUGAUGAUGAUUCAAGAAGAGCAAUAUCAAAGAAGAGAGUAGGAAUUAAUUCAUUAAAUUGAAUAAUCAGAGGAAAAAUUAAGUUAACAAGAAUAAUUAUUGAAGAAGUAAGAACAGAAGUAUAAAAAUGAAAUCAAAUAAUCAGAAGAAAAUAACAGUCAAAUGAUUUAAUAGAAACAACUGUAAGUUACUUAGUUACAAAAAUAACUAUAGGAUGAAACACAUAAGAUUAGAGAGGAUAGUAACAAAUAGAUAAAUGAACUUAAAUAAGAAAACUAUAAAAAAGAGAAAUCACUUGAAUAAAAGAUCUAAGAGGUUACAAAGUAGUAUGAGGGUGAACUUAGUAAGAUUAGAAAGAUGGAAAUAGUGUUAAAGAAGAAGGAAAGAGAGAUUGCAGAAGAAAAAGAAGCAAAGAAGUUUGCUGAAGAAUAAUUAUAAAUUCUAACAGAGAAAAGUAAUAAGAUGAUCGAACAAUAUGAUAACAAAAUCAAAGAAAUUUAGAUAGCAAAUCAAGUAAACAAGCAGGAUUAGCAUAGAAAUUCCAUUUUUGAUUAGAGAAUGUCAAUUUCAAGUUCAGACAUAAACAAAACAUUCGAAAUUGAAGUCUUGAAGGCUCAAAUUGAAUAAUUACAAUCUAAAGGAGAUAUAGAAUUAUAGGCUGAAAUCAAUAGAUUAAAUGAAAGAGAAAGAGCAUUAAAAAAAGAACUGCUUGAUUUAUAGAAUGAAAUAGGAAAUGAAAGACUCAACUUUAUGGUUGUUUAAAGAUAGUUGGAAAAGGAGGUAGAAAGCUUGCAUUAAGAAAUUAACAAUCUUAAAUAGGAUCAUCAAAGUGAGUUAGAUGAAAUUAAUAAAGAAAGUAAUAAAAAUUUGUCAUCUUAAAAAAAUGAUUUCUAAACCAAAAUUAAUAAAUUGGAAUAAAAGUUGGAACUACAAGCGUCCUAGUUUUCAAAGAAGCAAAAUGACAUUGAAGAAGAGAAAGAAAAUAUUAUUUAAUAAUUAAAGAUUAAGAUUAAAUCACUCGAAGAAUAAAUAAUUGAGCUGAAAGAUAAGAAAACCAUUAAGAAUAAUUCUCAGCAAGUGGUCACAUAAGAUGAUACUAUAUAGCUUUAAUAGGAAAUCGUUUCUUUGAAUGAAAAGGAGAGAGUAUUGAGGAAGGAGUUAUUGGAUUUGUAAAAUGAGAUAGGGAAUUUGAAAUUGAGUCACACUAUAAAAAUCAGAGAGUUGGAAACUUUGAGUGAGUAGUAUAAAUAAGAAGCCAAUCAUGCUCAGUAAGAGUAGGAUUAUGCAGAAUAAAUGGCAGCCAAACUUAGUGUGUAAUAUGCAGAAUUGGCUAUGGAAUAUGAAAAUGUAAUACUACAAAACAGAACUUAUCGGAAAUCAAUAUCAAAACUUAAGUAAUGA